AACAAUGACCAGAAUAAGGCAAAGGUGGAAGAUUGCAUGAAGAUCUUCAAGAACUACAUAGAGAACAGAGGUUCGGUUCUUGCACAGACGACAGAGUUCCUUCCCUACUAUGCGUUGCCGUUCGUUAAGAAUCCUGCCAGCCAUCCCAGCUUUGACGUCCUAUUCAAGGAGGAUUGGUCGAAGCAUCAACGUACACAGCUGGAGAGUCUUCUUACCUCGUCCAUGUGGGCUCAUGCGCAGCCUCCAAAACUAGUCGAACUAUUCAUGAAGAGCCUGAGCGAAAAAAAAGAUCUGAGCAGGCAGAGGAGCAAGCUGAACAACAGUUUGUCGGUGGCCGAGCGUAACCUCAGCAUCGCGCUGAAGAAGUACAAUCGCCUGCAGAUGGACUACGAGAAUCUUAUAGAGAUCAGCCACGAGCUCGUCGAUCAGCUCGAAUCUACCGUCAAGGGCUUACCGAUUGAACCCGACUAUCUGAAGCAAGUCUGUGACAAGCUGUUUCAGAGCAGGACCAUGAGGAGCAAACGCAGUUCUGAUGUGUCUGAGAAUGCACCAGGAACUCCCCGCUCCAUACAGUCAGGGAAUGAUAAGUUUGUGGAACAUGUGCCACUUGAUUACAGCAAGAUGAAAUGCGAUCUAGGCGGCACUAACGACAGGCGAAAAGCUCUGCUGCUGCAAGCGCUACGAUGGAGGUUGACACGAGCACCCAGCGACCAUAGGGAUAAAGUGAUGACAGCUUAUGUGAAAAAUGACUUACUUGGCUGUGUGUCUUCUGGAACACACAAGAUAGCAGUGCUCAAUCUAUUGAAGUCUUCAAAAUCUGAGGUCAGGGAAUAUACUGUGCGGCUGUUGAACACCUUUGCUUCGUUAGCUCUUGGGAGAACGCACAUGAUGCAGUGUCCGGAGCUCGUGAAGACCUUGUUCCUGUGUAUCCGGCACGAGCAGCGUUGUAUCAGCAGGGAGAUGAUGCUGGGCACUCUACAGAAACUCAGUCUGAGGAGGGUGCUGCAGUCGGUGAUGAUACAGGAGGGCAUGUUGGAGUGGCUGGUGGAGACGCUGCGGGACCACGACUCGCUGUCGGACUACACGCUCGAGUACGCCAUCGCGUUGUUCAUGAACCUGUGUCUGCGCACGGCGGGAAAGUACCGCUGUGAGGCGAUGCCGCAGGAGACGCUGCGUGUGCUCACCGACCUGCUGGGGCAUGAGAACGUAGAGAUCCGGCCGUACGUGAACGGUGCGCUGUACAGCCUGCUCAGCGUGCCGUCGAUACGUGAAGCUGCGCACGUGAUGAGUCUGCAGGAGGUGCUGGAGGGUUUCCGUGGCGACAGCGACGCGGAUAUGCGUCGUCAGGUGGAGUAUAUCAUCCGGCAGCUGAACAACGCCGAGAAGAACGAGACGGAAUCCGACAUCGACGACGACGAGGAGGACGAGGACGACGAGGAGGAUUUGGACACGAUGGAAGCAGAUCUGGACAAGGAGGAGGUGCUCUUCCCUAAUCCGAGUGAACUGACAGGAGAGACGCUGCUGCAGGUGGAAUAUAUCGCACCGAGCAGCAAAGUCAAGAAGGCGAAGAAAACGCAGAGCGAUACUUCGACGAGCAAGUCUGAGGUUCUAAGGCGCCCCACGACACCUAGGCUACACAACAAGGGCCUGCGGGGCACCAGCAUGGCAUCGAAGGAUUUUGACUCGUUACCCGCCAUGAUACACAGGUCUGCCGACUUCCCUGCGAUUCACAGGAAUGGAACUGUUGAGCUGAGCUGCGCCGAAUCUCACGGGCAGGGGGCACCACUGUGGCGACAAUCGUCGUCGCUAUCGCUGCAGGCCGGUGAGUCGCGUCGCACGUCACCGCGGCCGUCCACGGAGUCACCGCGGGCAUCAAAGGAGACGUCGCCGCGCAAGCCUAAGGCCAUCCCGCCCCGGCUUCAGGACUGCGUGUCGCCCCGGCUCCAGGACAGCGUGUCGCCCCGGCUUCAGGACUGUGCUGCCUGAUAAUCUGUGUG